GGACAUGUUCUUCGCAUCAUGAGAUGGUCGCCUACGCCCGCACCGCAUCGUUGUGAAGCUUAGUCCUUUGACUGCCAUGGGUGGUGGUGCGUCAACGUCAAAGUACGUGGUGAAAGACGAUCCAAAGAAUGGUGCAGAAAGUAAAGACAAGGAUGAUGACAUUGCUGCAGUUUUGCCUCAAGAACUUGAGCACAAGAGCGUCCCGCUCGAACAACCACUCCCCAAGCGGGCGCCGGCUCAAAAGGAAGAGGUGUUGAAGGGCCUAGACCAGGCCCGCAACACGCAGCUCCGGGCCCUGUGCGUCCGCGUGCGCAAAGCCUUGGCAGAAUCGGCUGCUAUUGAGCAACUCCCACCCGGGACAACGCUGGAAGGCUCCAAGGCAUGGUUCCAUGGUCAAUGUUUGGUCCUCUUUGGUCAGGCCUCAGUAUACCUGUCACCUCCAAGAAGGGCUGAGGGUGCACCAGAGAGCGUGGAGGUCGCUGUUCUCAAACGUGGUGAUUCGUUUGGACGGCAGCUACACCAGGGCGACAUGUCAGAAGAGGAUCUUUUGAAUCAGGAAGCCUGGGAGAAUUGCAAGCCUCGAGUCGUUGUUCCAGCCGAAGGAGUCGGCCUGAGAAUUUGUCGGCUCCUGGAGGUGGAUGAGGCACGGGUGGGCAGCAAGUCCAUCGCUUCCUUUGCCAAGAGAACCCAUGAGACCAGUUACUUGGGCCCAAAGGAUGAGGAAGUCAGAGAACAGGGGCAUCGCUUUCAAGGCUUGCAUACCAGCAGCAACGCGGCAGCUGCAAGUUUGGCUUUCUUGCCGACGACUUCCACGUCCAUUAGUAUGCUGGCCCAACUCUGGUUGACUUCCACUCCGCCACCAGUUGGUAUCUCUGACUUACCUACAGAAUCAGGUGGUGCCUUGCCACGGGCGCACUUUCAGGCGGCCCUGUGGAGCCCACUGCGAGAUCGCUUGGAUCAGUUGACCGAUGAGAUCCGACGAAGACAGCGUGCGAAGUAUCGGAUCCACGACUGCUUUCCACUGCAGGGCCAUCAGAUCGUGGAGUUGAAGCAUCACAUCAUGCAUCUCACGGAGCUCUGGUACGGUUCUGCUCGAGGGGGUAACCUUAGCAUUCUAUAUUCGUGGUUCGUGGAGGCCAUGGAAGUCCUUGGUGUUACAGCCUACGAGUACAACAAGUUGCCCAUCGAGCCCAGUCCGGACGGUUGGGCCGUGGUGGUGGAUGGCGCAGCUCGCAAGAAGGCCUUGAUCAGCCGCAGUGGCAGCGAUAAGUCUUACGUGGCCACCGGUGGUGUUGCGCAGAAGCAAGGGCGGAGUGCCAUUGACAACACGGUGCUGCGGAAUGUCUUUUUUCCAUGGGAGGCUCGAGAUCUGUUGGUGGGCCGCCUGCUUCGGAAGUACCUUUCGCGGCUGUUGUCCUUGCGUCAACGCUGUAUUUUGCGUCGCCUCGCACAGCAUUUCCAGUUGGAUGUGCUCCGUUUGGCACAGGAUUCUCGAACCCACAACACCCUCCGGUCGGUGCUGGCUGCCACUCCGAAGGAAGAAUUUGAGGCCAUGGGCUUGGACCCGACAGAUCCGUUGCUGCAACUUCUGCGUCGCAGUGGCGCAGAGGUUGCAGGCUUCGGACAGUUGGACGAGACCAUGCAGAGGAAUGUUUGGGAAGCAGCCAAGACACUGCUGAGAGAAACAGCUCCUGCAUUGGCGAAAGAACCUGAAGACGGAAGUUUGGAUGUCUUUGGAAGGUUUAUCAAUUGGAGCCGGGAUUAUCCAGGAGAAUUUUUUGAGCAUGACAAAGCCCAACAUGUGACGGUGUUCAUUGCUGGGAUGUUCUCUCGGCGUAUUGUGGUUGUGAAGCGGUCGCACAUGGAGCGGAUGACACUGGCACGCUACUUCCCCCUGAGCUGGAAACGACAACAGCCUCUAUGGGGAUCCGCCUCUACUGGAAAGUUCCAGGUUCGACCAGGAGGUGUCAAAGAAGGAUCACACGUCCGUGCCAACGAGUGUCCAUAUGCAGCUCUGCAUGGCAUGUCCCUCUCAGCAGGAGGCUUUGCAGAUCAGCGCAUUUCGGAUCGCAAGACUGUUGGCUAUACCUUGCUGAUGGAGCUGCAGUGGAUCAGAGACCCACAGGCAAACAUCGAAAAUUGGUACAUCACCGACAUAGAGAAGAUCAUCCAGGAGGCGUGGCAGUUGAAUCCUCACGGCCCAGUUGCACAUGCUUUACCUGGUGAAGUCUUCGUUUCUGUGGGGCAGAAUCCAAAGGUUGGUAGCUCAAUCAGGCAGACCCAGCAUACGCAACUGGCUGAAGGUCACUGGAACAAAUACCCAAUCUUGAAAGUGGAAGCAGCGCGGGUCUUCGCCGCCAAGGACAGUCCCUUCGCGUCUGCAGCUGGUGUCAAGGUGGAGCUGCUGAACGAUGUCUUGGGGCCUCAGACAAUGCUGGAGAUCGUUGACAUUUGCGCAGAGGCCAGUGAUCCCGAGAACACGGGACUCAUGCUGCGGUGUCGUUGCCCCGACAUCCCUCCGGGCCUCGUGCGCUUCCUCACGCAACUUCGCCUGAGACUUCUGGAGCGCCUUGGAGGUCCUGAGGCAAUCGACUUCCUGGUUCUGUGUAUGAGUGACCAAGAAGGUUCCUUCGUGGUGAUCUUCGCUCCCACCCCGCAGUUGAUGCAGCUUCAGGAAGGGCAUGCUGAUUUGGUACCUUGGGCCAAUCCUCUCACAGGUGAGUCAUCCGAGGUAGCUGGGAUCGAGGAAAGCCGCUUGGACUUUGGGAAAGGCGUGGGACAUUUCCUGGUCUUAAAAGAUGAGCUUCGCACGCAGCUUCUGGGCAAGGGGGAGGACACACUUCGGCGGAUUUGGGCAUUCAACCGAGUACCUGGUGCAAGACAAGUCAUUGAAGAGUUUAUAGUUCAGCAGAAUAUCUUGGAGACGUGAAGUUCGGCACUUCGCACUUCGGUUCGGUCCAAGCUUGAAUGAAC